AUGUUACAGACAUACAUAGUAACUUUACAAUACAGCUCAAUGAUGUUUCGAUGGAUCAAGAAGAAAUGUAUCAAGAAAUCACAAUGUAAACAUAACCACCCAUUACAAGACUCCAUCGCCUGUUCUGGUCUUUCAUCUUCCCUCAACCAGACGCCAGAGAACACGGGGUUACUGGAAGAACAUUACUACUGUCUCGGUGAUCAAGACUAUCACAUUUACACAGAGAUUCCUGAAACAGCCAUUUGUCACAGGUUAUCACGUGAUCGUGUUGAGAACUCACCACUGACACCAAACGACUCCAUUUUGUCAGAAUUUCUUUCGAAAUCGUCAGUGGAAAGCGAUAAUAUCUCUCUAUGUUCUGUUUGUAGAGUAACGGAAGCCCAUCUAUGUGAUUGUACGACAUCAGACUUGAAUUUGACUUUAGAAAUGGAAAACCUAUGGUCAGAAUAUGCAGAAACUAUUUUUCAAUCGACACCGAAUUCCAAGAGUUGCAGAAAAUCAUCAACACCAGAUGGAUACGAAAUUGCUUCCAGAUUUGUGAUUUCCAAACUUGAUAUGAGUCGCAGACCCCUUCCGCCUAUUCCAGGCACCGAUGACACAACUUCCGGUGACGACAGCAGUGGGUUCUAUGAACCAAUGUAUUCCGGAAGUUCCCUGACGCCAGAACGUUCUUAA